CGACUUCUCUGACUUCCUUGGGUGCGAUUUCUUUUGAGAUAUUGACUUAGGUGAGGCGGAGACGUGGCUGUCGUAAUGAGCGUGAUGACGUUCGUGAGGGAGAUGUCAUUGUCAAUGCCAACAGGCAUUAGGGGUACUGCUCCUGUUGAAGGUGACGGUGGUGGUGCUCCGGGCGUCAUCGGGGGGACUACGACUACCGUUAGGGGUGUUGUCGCCUCCGCCGCCACUAUUGAUGCAGAGGCGGACGUGGAUGCGACAGGAGAUGUCGAAGCUGGCUCCUCGGGCUCCAUCGCGCGGGGUGGUUGUUCCAGUGGCCUUGGAAGGCUCUCGUUCACCGUAACGAGUGGUCACAGUGCCUACGGCGAAGAUCAAAAUAAGAAAACAACUUAUUGAUACUUUGUGUCUCGAAGGUUAUAAUCAGGGAGCCCCUCCACCAUGAUAUGUCGGGGCCGGCUACGAAGGAGAGACGAACGCCAUGGUAGGGGGUAGACAUACCGAUUCAAAUGGCUUCGGGGACAUUUUCUGGAUCGAUGAUGAUUGGCGUGAUGAAUGACACGGCUGCGGCGGCGGGAUAAACUGCCUACUGUUCCAGUUGGUAGUGCCCCCAGCAGUGAGCGGAAGGAAUGGGAUGGAUUAUGUAAUCCUACAAACUUUGUUCUCGGGCUGCAAGUUGAAGGACUC